GCGCUAAGGGUUGAGCUUGUGUGCAGCCUGGGGAGUCGGACUUUCCACUUAGUCUUCGCGAGCACCCCUUGGUAGCGCAGUUUGAUUGGUGGUAAUGUGCAGUGGAUAAGCUUGCUCUUCCCGCCCCCAAAUCAAGCUUGAGAGACGCGGACAUGGGGGCAGCAGCCGGAUGCUUGUGGAGACUUGCCCCGGGACCAAAGUCGUGGGUGUGAAAGGCCUUAAGAAGAAGUGGGAGGGAGAAGUCCCCCACUGUGCCGGGAUUAGUGUGGACCUGGCUUGCAAGUUCUUUUAGCCCUUGGCCGCCUUGACACGUUCUGCCUGCUAUCCUAAUUGAUGAUGUUUUUAAUCAUUAUAAACACAUGCUUACUGCAGUGGGUUCAGAAUUAGGUUUGUUAGAUUGAGGGUGGGGGGAGGGUACCGCUCACCCAAGGGCAUCAAGUUUGGGAUGCCACCUGUGGGUGGUGUGAUGAUGGUCUAACAGGACCAGGAAAAAGUUACUUGGAGAAUGACUCAGCUCCAAGGGUUUCAUGGGAACAAGGCCUUCCCUUGACCUAAUAUUUGUCCUUUUGGCAGAAGGAAUUAACUUUGUAACAAUAGUAAAUAAUAGCGUUGGGGACUUAAGGAGAGUAUUGCUUUCUAAGAGGAAAUUUACGAUACCUACAGAGACUUGGGAAAGAACACUAGAGCCAGAAAAGAUGCAGGUCACUCAGCUCUGUUUAACAAAUAAAGCAGAAGAUACUGGUGCCCACAGAACUGUAGAGGCUUGCUCAGAAUUACAGGGGUCUAGAACAGGCUUUGUCCCAGCACAGAACUGCUGUGUGUCCCCGUGAGGAUGAGGCACUACCCAGGCCAGAUGAAGGGGCUCUGUGCAGUUGGCCUCACUUUCCCAUCUCAGCCCUUCCCUUCCUAAUAGCACCAGCACACAGUGAGACAGACAAGUGCCUGUUCUCCGUCUGGGUCAGUGUCUGGAGAAGAAAGGCAAAGGUGUACACAUACCCUGUACUCCCCAUCCCCACCCCUUUCAGGACUGUGGAGCGCACUGUCUGGAAGACAGCAUUUCCCAUGAGCUCCUGUAGGCAGUUACAGAGAUAUGUGGGGUUCAGUGCCAUGAUCUGACUGGUUAUAGUCUCUACAAUGCAAAGUUUUGAGACUGGUCAAGAGCUGUGUCCUUGGUCCUGGUGCUUCAUCCAACAGGGAAUUCUGGUAGACGGUUAAAAGGGUCCUUGGUGUCCCUAGGAUUAGAUUGGUUGAGACUUUCAUAUGAUCGAAGCCACUCCCACACCAACACUAGGUUUUCUUUCAAACCUUACACUUUCACUGAGAGCAGCUACCUAAAAAUAGUAAUAAUAUAUAUCAAGGUAAUAAUCGGCUGAGGGGUUUAUCAGCUCUAAGCCUUAUUCUAUAUGCUUUAGAUGUUAACUCACGGAUCUUUUUAGAAACUUGUGAGGUAGAUACAAUUACCUCCCAUUUGCAGCUGAAGAAACGGACACAGAAAGCUAAUGUGUCACUGUCUACUGCUGGCCUCAGGGCUGGCUGAGUAGCUGGCUCCCCACUUGGCGCCCCACUUCCAUGUCUCAGCUGAAGAAUGUGGAAGCCAGGAUCCUCCAGUGUCUCCAGAACAAGUUCCUGGCCCGUUAUGUUUCCCUCCCAAACCAGAACAAGAUCUGGACAGUGACUGUGAGCCCAGAGCAAAAGGAUCGCACCCCUCUGGUGAUGGUACAUGGCUUUGGGGGCGGCGUGGGCCUCUGGAUCCUCAACAUGGAUUCACUGAGUACCCGCCGCACACUCCAUACCUUUGAUCUGCUUGGCUUCGGGAGAAGCUCAAGGCCAACAUUUCCAAGGGACCCAGAAGGAGCUGAAGAUGAGUUUGUGACCUCAAUAGAGACAUGGCGGGAGACGAUGGGAAUCCCCACCAUGAUCCUCCUGGGGCACAGUUUGGGGGGAUUCCUGGCCACUUCUUACUCUAUCAAGUAUCCUGAGAGAGUUAAACACCUUAUCCUGGUUGACCCAUGGGGCUUUCCCCUACGACCAACUGACCCCAGUGAGAUCCGUGCACCUCCAACCUGGGUCAAGGCUGUGGCAUCUGUCCUGGGGCGUUCCAACCCACUGGCUGUUCUUCGAGUGGCUGGGCCUUGGGGGCCUGGGCUGGUGCAGAGAUUCCGUCCUGACUUCAAGCGCAAGUUUGCAGACUUCUUUGAGGACGAUACCAUCUCAGAAUACAUCUACCACUGCAAUGCACAGAAUCCCAGUGGGGAAACGGCAUUCAAAGCCAUGAUGGAGUCCUUUGGCUGGGCCCGGCGCCCCAUGUUGGAGCGAAUUCACUUAAUUCGAAAAGAUGUGCCCAUCACCAUGAUCUAUGGGGCGAACACCUGGAUAGAUACCAGCACGGGGAAAAAGGUGAAGAUGCAAAGGCCAGAUUCCUAUGUCCGGGACCUGGAGAUCGAGGGAGCAUCGCACCACGUCUAUGCCGACCAGCCACACAUCUUCAAUGCUGUGGUAGAAGAGAUCUGUAACUCGGUCGACUGAGCUGCUCUGAGAAAAAGAGGAGGAAGCCAGAGUUACUGUCAUCUCCCUGUCUUAGUCAGAACCUCUGUCCUUUCCUUACCAACUAACACGUGCCAGCCAGGCAGAGUCGGGCUGUUCCCGAGAUAGGACCACAGUGAAAAAGAGCACUUUUGAUCCCAUGCUGAGGGCAAGAGGCAGAAUCCACAAGAGGCCUUGAACUCCCCACUCCGGGGAAGAGCAUAAAGGGUUGCCUAGUGCCUCCCACUCUCUCCACGCCAAGUGUUACCAGGUGGUGAUUAUGAGCCAUGCAGUCUCCCUGCAUGGCCUUCCCUUCCUCUGGACAGAGGGGGGCUCCCCGCAGCCUUUCUAGUUUGGGAAUGUGUCAGAGAGUAGGUUCCAUGCAGGAACGUCUUCCUUCUCCAUCACUCCAUACCUGCAUCUAAACCCAGUUCCCGCCUACCCACCAAGGGCAGCUCUGCUCACCCGCACAGCCCCUUCCAUGACCUUCUUGGCAGAAGAGGAAGGAUGGACCACAUGAGGGCAGGAUGGAACACGGCUCUGCAUGCUGGGUUCCAGCAGAACUGGGUAUAUAGCCCAGGUCUGCUGGCUUCCAGCACAUAGUAUAAGCUUCAUUCACUAAGGUUCCAUGCAAACACCUCUGCUGUGGAGCUGGUUCAAAACUAAUCUUGCUCCAUAUUCUAACCUGUUAUACAGGCAUACUAUUAUCUUGCGCUGUGUCUCAAUCCUGGCUUCCUAAGUUGGGACACUUGAGACUCUUUCCCCUUCCUCCUCCCACUGUGAGGCUUUAAGCCUCUCCUGUGCCUUGGGCCCUAAAGCCCCAUGUGUAGUACAGAGCAAAGAUGGCUCCUGGUGAAGGGGAAAGGCCCUUCUGCCCGGGAGUCGUGUCUGGACUCAUGAAGUCCACAAGUAUCUGCAGCAUUUUCUACCUAGCCCCAGAGCUGAGGUCCCCUGAGAGCUCCUGCCCGUGGCUCACGGAGGAGCUAUAAGCCAGCAGUUCUCUGUCCUCCUCAGCCACUGCCUGACCCUCUGUGCCUGCCAUCUGUCACCAUGGUCUCCAGCUCACUCUGCUUCAGAAUUACCCAUCAGCCCUCUCCCAGGGAUCUCAUUCCAGGUGCUGCUCUAAAGCUCUGGGUGCUAGGCUGGGCCUGGCCCCAGAAGCAGGGCAGCUCCUGCCACUCCUCUUUUAUAAAGCCAACCCUUUAACCAGAAUAGUAUUAACUCCUGGUGCUUUGUACUGCUGGUCCAGCUGCCUCGGGCUCUUUUUCUAAAUUAAUAAAGAAGAGUAAAAACUG